CGGGGGGGGGGGGGGCGAGGGCCCAGACCUGGCUGCGCCGCCUCGGCUUUCCACACGCGCUGUUGUGCAACAGCGGGAGGAGGAGGAGCGGCCCCCGGCGCCGCGAAAACAGGUCGAGCCUGUCAACAAAGCCACGUGGCCGCGGCCGGGGGCCGGGCUAAGAGCAAGCCGCUCUUCCGGCAACAGAGCCGCGGCCAGGGGCCCGGGAUAAAUACGGCCGCGGCCACCGCACCCAGGCAUUGGCACCGGCUCUGCGAGUCCCGCGCCAGCCGACCGCCGACCGCCGACCGCCGACCGCUGCCCGCGCUGGGACUCACAUCCCCUGAGCACCUGCCCCUUCACCGCGCAGUCGCCCUCUGCUGCGCCCCUGCUGCGACUCUCCAGCCGCCCCAGCUGUGCCCCUCGCCCACCCCGGCUGCGCCCCUCCAGCCACCCAGGCUGCGCCCCUCGCUCACCCCGGCCUCGACCCCGCACACCGAGCACCCUCCCAGGGGAGCGUCCCCGAGGCCGCCGGGCCUGUCCCGUGCGCCCCCUGCCCGCCCUGCUGGCCGCGGUGCCAUGCCUUUCCUCGGGCAAGACUGGCGCUCCCCCGGGCAGAGCUGGGUGAAGACGGCCGACGGCUGGAAGCGCUUCCUGGAUGAGAAGAGCGGCAACUUUGUGAGCGACCUCAGCAGUUACCGAAACAAGGAAGUAUACAAUAAGGAAAAUAUUUUCAACAGCCUGAACUAUGAUCUUGCAGCCAAGAAGAGAAAGAAAGACAUACUGAACAGCAAAACCAAAACACAGUAUUUCCACCAAGAAAAAUGGAUUUAUGUUCACAAAGGAAGUACUAAGGAGCGCCACGGAUAUUGCACUUUGGGAGAAGCUUUCAACAGACUGGACUUCUCAACAGCCAUUUUGGACUCCAGGAGAUUUAACUAUGUUGUUCGGCUGUUGGAACUGAUAGCAAAGUCACAGCUCACAUCUCUGAGUGGCAUUGCCCAGAAGAACUUCAUGAACAUUUUGGAAAAAGUGGUACUGAAAGUCCUUGAAGACCAGCAGAACAUUAGACUAAUAAGGGAACUACUCCAGACACUCUACACAUCCUUAUGUACCCUAGUCCAAAGAGUUGGCAAGUCUGUGCUUGUCGGGAACAUUAACAUGUGGGUGUAUCGAAUGGAGACAAUUCUACACUGGCAACAGCAGCUGAACAACAUCCAGAUUACCCGGCCUGCUUUCAAAGGCCUCACCUUCACUGACCUGCCUUUGUGCCUACAACUGAACAUCAUGCAGAGGCUGAGUGAUGGCCGUGACCUGGUCAGCCUGGGCCAGGUGGCCCCUGACCUGCACAUGCUCAGCGAGGACCGGCUACUGUGGAAGAGGCUUUGCCAGUACCACUUCUCUGAGAGGCAGAUCCGCAAGCGAUUAAUUUUGUCAGACAAGGGACAGCUGGAUUGGAAGAAGAUGUAUUUUAAACUGGUGCGGUGCUACCCACGGAAAGAGCAGUAUGGAGACACCCUUCAACUUUGCCGACACUGUCACAUUCUUUCCUGGAAGGGCACUGAACACCCGUGCACAGCCAAUAACCCAGAGAGCUGCUCCAUCUCACUGUCACCCCAAGACUUUAUCAACUUGUUCAAGUUCUAAAUCCUGGCGUAUGACAGCACUUCAGAAGUGUCUCCUUCCUGACCGGCUGGUUGGGGAUACAGAGUUUGGAUACUUCCUUUGUAAAUAGUGUACAUCUGACACACUGAUUCAGAACUUCUGAUAUCAGUCAUUGAGAGGAUCCUAGAUGGGAGACAUGCAGUUGCUGGCAUAUGGACUUCUUGUUAGAGUUGCUCUGGGAAAGCAGAAUAUACUGUAAAUAAACUUUUUUCCUAAUGAUUUGACAGCAAGACUUUAAGGACAGGGGUUCUAGUUCAUCAGUGAAAAUGGAAUUUUCUACAUGUCCACUGAAAUUCCUUUUAGUGUUCCCUAGAGAUGUGGAAGAAAAGGGGCAGAAAAUACAAAUGCAAGAUAGAAUAAUCUUUGUUUACAAUGUGAGAAUCUGUGAAAAGAAGAAAGGGAAAAAAAGAAAGAAAGGAAGAAAGAAAGAAAGAAAGAAAGA